CCCGCACAAGAGGGAGCCGGGUCCUACGUGCCUCGCGCGCUGAGCCCCGGCCGGUUCACCGCGCAGGCGCAGUAGAUCCCGACUCGCCAUGCCGACUGUCAGCGUGAAGCGGGAUUUGCUCUUCCGAGCCCUGGGUCGGACCUACACUGACGAAGAAUUUGAUGAACUGUGUUUUGAAUUUGGUCUGGAACUUGAUGAAAUUACUUCUGAGAAAGAAAUCAUAAGUAAGGAACAAGGUAAUGAAAAGGCGGAGGGAGCCUCUGAUGUUGUUCUUUACAAAAUUGAUGUCCCUGCCAAUAGAUAUGACCUUCUUUGUUUGGAAGGAUUGGUUCGAGGACUUCAAGUCUUCAAAGAAAGGAUAAAGGCUCCAGUGUAUAAACGGGUAACACCUAAUGGAGAAAUCCAGAAAUUGAUCAUCACAGAGGAGACAGCAAGAAUACGCCCUUAUGCUGUGGCUGCGGUUCUCCGGAAUAUCAAGUUCACUAAAGAUCGAUACGACAGCUUCAUUGAACUUCAGGAGAAACUACAUCAGAACAUUUGCAGGAAAAGAGCCUUGGUUGCUAUUGGUACCCAUGAUUUGGACACUUUGUCAGGCCCUUUUACUUACACUGCAAAGCGACCUUCAGAUAUCAAAUUCAAGCCUCUAAAUAAGACCAAGGAGUAUACAGCCUGUGAAUUGAUGAACAUAUACAAGACUGACAACCACCUUAAACAUUACUUACAUAUCAUUGAAAAUAAACCCCUGUUCCCAGUUAUCUAUGAUAGCAACGGUGUCGUCCUUUCAAUGCCUCCAAUCAUCAAUGGAAAUCAUUCCAAAAUAACUGUAAAUACUCGAAAUGUAUUUAUUGAAUGCACAGGAACGGACUUUACUAAGGCAAAAAUAGUUCUCGAUGUUAUUGUCACCAUGUUCAGUGAAUAUUGUGAGAAUCCGUUCAUGGUUGAAGCCGCUGAGGUAGUUUUUCCUAAUGGAAAAUCAUACAUCUUUCCAGAACUGGCUUACCGAAAAGAGAUAGUGAGAGCUGAUCUAAUUAACAAAAAAGUUGGAAUCAGAGAAACUCCAGAAAAUAUUGCCAAGCUUCUAACCAGGAUGCAUUUAAAGUCAGAAGUAAUAGGCGACGGGAAUCAGAUUGAGAUUGAGAUCCCUCCAACCAGAGCUGACGUUAUCCACGCAUGUGAUAUUGUGGAAGACGCAGCUAUUGCUUACGGAUAUAACAACAUUCAGAUGGCUCUCCCGAAAACAUACACCAUAGCUAAUCAAUUUCCUCUGAAUAAGCUCACAGAGCUCCUACGGUAUGACAUGGCAGCCGCCGGAUUCACCGAAGCGCUUACCUUUGCUCUGUGCUCCCAAGAAGAUAUUGCUGAUAAACUUGGUUUGGACAUCUCUGCAACAAAGGCAGUCCACAUAAGUAAUCCUAAGACAGCUGAAUUCCAGGUGGCACGCACUACCCUUCUUCCUGGCCUCCUAAAGACCAUAGCUGCGAAUCGGAAGAUGCCCCUUCCUCUGAAACUGUUUGAAAUCUCUGACAUUGUAGUAAAAGAUUCUAGCAGAGAUGUAGGUGCAAGAAACUACAGGCACCUCUGUGCUGUCUAUUACAACAAGAAUCCUGGAUUUGAGAUCAUCCAUGGGCUACUUGACAGAAUUAUGCAGCUCCUGAAUGUGCCUCCCGGUGAGAAGAAGGGGGGAUAUGUGAUCAAGGCAUCAGAAGGACACCUGUGAAGGAUUUCAGAUGCUGAAAUACAUGGGUGAAGCUGUGAGGUUCCCUUGAUCUUCACACUGGCUUUCAGUGUAACACGAGCUUGCAAAUACGUGGGAAGCGUAUCUGUUGGACAACCUUUGAAGGAGCGGUGUACGUUUAUGGUUUGACUUACACAAGUGUCCUAGACCAGAGUAGAAGGGGAUCCAUAUGAUGUGUCCACAUUUAGUUGCCACCAACAAAGGCAUCACUCUGUUAACGCAUCAAGUUUUCUCUUUUGGAAAAGGGUUUAGAAGUUUUUAAGCUUCCUGACCUUAGCACUCUGGGUAAAAACAGCCCUUGUUCCUUUGCUCGUCUGCUUUUUCGUGUUUGAGGAAAGCCUUCAAAUACAAUUUUUGUUACCUUCUUGGAAGGGAUUGAAAGACUGAAACGAAUGUUGCGGCAGCCGUGAUCCCCACGCGGAGAGCCGCAGCGUACCGUGGGCCGCGGUGUGUAUGAAGCUUUCACAGUUAUCGGGGGGUUCGCUUGGCCCUGUGGUUUUGAGUGAGUGUUUCUCCUCCCUCUCUCAUAUGUACCAGGCCAAGUUCUCUCCACUCACGUUCCUUUCACUUUGCGUGCGUGCGUGCGUGCGUGUGUGUGCGUGCGUUGGUUGGUUCUUACCUGAUGUUUCAGUACUCGGCAAAUUGGAGUGCUCCCACCACAUCUCACUUGAAUGACUCAGUUCCAUUUCCCACCUGACAGAUGUCCUAACAGUGUUUCUGUUUCCCCUACGAAACCUGUUUUAGACUUUUUCUAAUUGCCCCUCUCUGAAAAUGGACACCACAGAUACACCACAUACUAUGUACUCUCUGCAUAGCUAUGCUUCGUGCAUAAAAAGAAGUGUAAACCUCUUUAAAACCCAGGGUUAAAAAUAACUAAAAAGUUAAAUUAAAAAAUCUGUACCUACUGAAUAACUUUUAAUGUUUAUUUACUUGUAUAAAUUGUGUGUCAAAUUAUAAGUGCCAAUCACAUUUUGUCAUUUAAAGCAUUUCUUUUCCAGCAAAAGUAAAACAACUGCAACUAA